CAAACAAGUUUUGCUUAAGCAACGCUAAAUGUUCCCACGUCUUUCUCUUUCUUCUGGAAUUCUUUCUCUUUCUCUGACUCCAACAGUCGCAUUUCCAAUACUUACUCUUUACAAAUUACAGCACUUUUCUCAUAAGACAGAGUGAUAGAAUGGAGAGCAGAGAAGACUUGAACUCGAUACUACCGUAUUUGCCACUAGUGAUGCGGUCUUCGACUAUGUUCUGGCCAUCUCAGGUGGUCGAAGCACUGAAAGCCAUGGCAAGAGGACCCCUUCACAGCCAUGUCGACUCCGGUGAGCUCCUAUUCCUCGCCAUUUCCGAUCUCAGACACUCUCUCUCCCUCUCCAACCACCACUUCGCUCCUUCUUUCCCACAAGGCUACGCCCUCUUCUUCGACGAGUUGAUGUCCCGGGAGGAAUCAAAAAAAUGGUUUGAAGAGGUUGUCCCAGCGUUGGCUGAUUUGCUCCUACGCUUUCCCUCUUUGUUACAAACUCACUAUCAAACUGCAGAUAUUGCUCAUAUCAAUGGGGUCAACACUGGUCUUCGUUUAUUGCGUUCACAAGAACCGGGCAUUGUGUUUCUCAGCCAGGAAUUGAUUGGUGCUCUUCUUGGAUGCUCUUUGUUUUGUCUGUUCCCAGUCACUAAUAGAGGUGUUGAACAUCUUCCAACAAUCAACUUCGAUCAAUUGUUUGCGAGUCUAUAUGACAAUUACAAUGGAAAACAAGAAAAUAAGAUACGGUGCAUCAUACACUAUUUUGAAAGGAUAUUUUCACAUAUGCCUAUUGGCUUCGUCUCAUUUGAACGGAAAGUACUUCCUUUGGAACAUCUUCCUCAAUGCAUUUCCUAUCCCAAGGCUGAAUUUUGGAGCAAUUCUGUCAUUCCUUUAUGCUGUUUUGAGGUCCAAAAUUCAGGCUUGAUAGAAGAUCAAUCCAGUGAAGCUCUUGAAGUGGAUUUUGCAAACAAGUUUAUUGGAGGUGGUGCUCUACAUAGGGGUUGUGUACAGGAAGAAAUCCGUUUCAUGAUCAAUCCUGAAUUAAUUGCUGGUAUGCUUUUCUUGCCUUCCAUGGCAGAUAAUGAGGCCAUAGAAAUUAUUGGUGCUGAAAGGUUUUCAAGUUAUACUGGAUAUGCUUCCUCAUUCCAUUUUACUGGUGAUUAUGUGGAUAAAAAAGAUGUAGACUGUUUUGGAAGACGUAAAACCAGGAUCAUUGCUAUAGAUGCAUUAUGCAGUCCAAGGAUGAGACAGUACAAACAAGAGUGCCUCCUAAGGGAGAUAAACAAGGCAUUCUGUGGCUUUUUUGCUCCAUCUAAAUAUCAGCAAUACAAGAGACUGUUUCCAGAGAAUGGAUGUUCUAGAGCUCAGCUUGAUCAAAACAUAGAAGACCCCAUUGGCAGGUCCAGGAGUAAUCUUUUGUCACAUGAUAAUGCCUCAACUUCUGAUGAAACAACUGAAGAAAAAUCUGUAAAUCAAGUGAUCAGUAAUUAUGAGGAGAAGGGUUGUGAGAGUCUGGGCCAUGAAGAUAACAAUAUUGGGAUUGUGACUGGGAAUUGGGGCUGUGGUGCUUUUGGAGGAGAUCCGGAGCUUAAGACCAUAAUUCAGUGGCUUGCUGCUUCUCAGGCUCUAAGACCUUUCAUUUCAUACUAUACAUUUGGUUUGGAUGAAUUGCAGAACCUAGAUCAGGUGACUCGGUGGAUUUUGUCCCAAAAAUGGACUGUUGGAGACCUGUGGAAUAUGUUGGUGGAAUACUCGUACCAGAAAUAUAAGGGACAAACAGACGUUGGAUUCUUUACUUGGCUACUUCCAUCUCUAUUUGGCCAUGAUACUGAGAUGUUGGACUUGCCGAAUAUGCCUUAACACUUCUGGACCAUUGAAUUGCUUAUGCAUCCUUCACUUUUCCAUUUAGCAUGUUCUUUGACCUAUUUCUGUAAAAAAUAAAUAUUCUCUUAAAAAAAAAAAAAAAAAAAGCGAAUGCAAUCUUGUAGUUUUUGCUUGGUCUCCUGAGUUAUUAUUGAAGUCCCUUCCUAUAUUUCCAUCUCUCUGUGUAUCUGUUUAUUUUUAUGUAUUUAUUGGGGGGCUUAAAAAACCAGCUAGUCUAGAGA